CGAGAGAGCAGACGGAGGAGCAGAGGGGACAGAGGGAGAUUAUGAUAUGACUACAAGUCGACGACAAUGCCUAUGACAGUCGCUGGACUGUAGAGGAGUACAGAGCGAGGAGUACGCUCCUGAAUCCUCGCCUCUGUCCUCUACGGAGGACGGUCUUGGACUUGUCCACCCGCCGAGUUGCACAGGGAACAGAAAAAGCAAAGAUGCCAAUCAGAAACAGCGAGCGCGGCGAGAGUGCAGGUGGCUGAAGCGACCUUCUUCACCCCUAACGCUUUUUUCUGUUUUUUUACCCACAAAAUCUCUCUCUCUGUGCGUUUGUGUGUGUCCCUCUCUCGUGAGAAUUUUCAACAAUCGUGAAAAAUGGGCCAAGGUGUGCUGUCGGUGGUCGAACAAGAGGUGGGAUCUCUCCGCCGGGAGUACAAAACAGAGCAGUACCGAGGACUACUGCGGAUUCUUAUCCCGGUACGAGGCGAGAAAUUCAAGCCGGAUACCGUGACACAGUAUGCGAACCGCAUUCGCAAGAUCCGCAAGGAGAUUGAGGUCUGCUACCCGGCGGCUCCCCUUACCGACGGGCUCUGGAGCCAUCUCUUUCUCGAGGGCUUGGGACACGAGUACCACGAGUUCGAGCAGAACAUCUUCACCAGACGCAGCCUGUUUGAGGAGGUGAGCGGGAACGAGGGUGGUCGCUCGAUGAUCACCUUUGACGAGAUCGUCAAGGAGGCCGUGCAGAAGGAAAAACGACUGAAAAACAAUGCCCUAUCAACGAGGGAGCCUCGUCCUGAAAGGAACCCGUCUCCUAGGGUCGAGAUACCGUCGCCACGAGGAGAGCGAGCAGAACGAGCAGAACGAGCAGAACAAGCCUCCCCCGCAACCAGUCCAAUCGACCACGAGCCAGACACGACUGUGGACCGUCCAACCCGCUCACAAGCGCGACGGACGGGUGCCCGAUCUUCCAACUCCCGGGCAUCCCGUUCGCGGGCACCUCGUACACGCCGCCGAACGAUCACCCAACGUGAGGCGGAAGAAGACGACACAGCACGCGAAGUGCGGUUACCGUCUAUCGAUCUGGGUAGCCAAGAUUCCCUCUCCUUCCCUGCCUCUGAGCCUGCACCCGAGCCUGCGCCUGCGCCUGAGCCUGAGCCUGAGCCUGAGCGUGAGACCGAAGUUCCGAGCAUCCGGAGCAAGCCACUGUCGACACCCCGCAAUGACCAGCUCGCGACUCCUCCAGGCAGUGAUGAGCCCGAAGCUCCGAGCAGUGAUCCGCAAGACCCGGGUAGUAGCAUGCCAGUGCUCACUGAAGACGGAGAGAAGAUUCUAGACCGAAUCCUACAGCAAGAAAAGGAGCUGGAGCUGGAGGCGAACAGGGACGAGACCAUCUGGACAGCGCGGGGGCGGCCCAGCGAACAGCGACCCCCGAGCAAACGCAAGUCUCCCUCCGUGGAAGCGCUAGACCGCGAACCGGAGAACUUCCCCAAGAGGCAGAAACGGCGGAAGAAGAACCGCCGCCACCACCGCGGCACCCCCGACCGCCCGACCACGCCCCGAAUGAAAGACGAGUCGCCGCCGUCGCCGUCCGACCGUCACCAAACGGCUCGGUGGCGGUCCAACUCGAUGUGGUGCACGCCCUACUCGCAGAGACCGAGUCCUCCACCAUCACCGUCGCCGAAACCAGUGGCCUCCUCUCCGACGCCCGUGCAAACCCUGCUGAAGCGAGUGGAGUUGCCGACGCCCGUGCAAACCUUGCCGAAGCGAGUCGAGUCGCCGACUCUCGCGACCAACGACGAGUCUACGCAGAUCAGGGACCUCGAAUGGCACGAUCUGAACCGGGAUUUCCGUUCUGACUGGGGGUUGUCUGACGUGUAUGAUCCGAAAGUCGACAUGGACUGGCAUGGCAUCUGGGUCGACGAUUGACCACACUUUACUCUAUCUUGAGCACACUCUUUGCAUGGCGGGUCUCGGUUUCUCAACUAAUCGUUUCUUUUGUCUCGGCUUUCAGUCUAGGGAUGUACGUAUACAAUAGUCAUAGAGUUGAGAGUAUACCAAGACAGUAAAGUACACUCGAGAGAUCAAUUGACCUCCCUCC